AUCAUAUAGAUCCACUCCUACUCCUUUGUCCACUUCUGUAUAAGAUAAAAAAUUUAUUAUGUGCACAAGCCAGUAGGUCAGGAUGUGGACAGCCUGGUUUACUUUGUCCUACAUGAACCAAUUAGUUAGUACUCCGUACUAACAAGUACAAACUGCUGAAUAUCACAAUUUGCGCAUGAAGAGACCUGAAUAGCAUAAUAUUUUGUACUGCACGCCAUAUACAUUUUUUCUUCAGCUUCUUUUAUUUUGUUGGGUUUCUUUCAUUUUUACAUUUCUCCCUUUCAAAAUGAAAAUGAAAAUUUACUUCCUCCUAACCCAGAAAUAUUUUGCAUCACCAGUUGCAUUGUUUUUACAAUUUGCAAGUGCCUGUGCUUGUGGGUGUUAUUGGUUUGUGGCUGGUCUACUCGUUGAUAGUGACCAUGUCUACCAUGAAUUCUGGCAAAGACAUCUUGUCAUCUUUCUAGUUAAGAAUUAGGUAUUAAAUAUAGAAGGAAUAUAUAAAUUUGUAUGCCCGAAGCCCCAACUAUGAGUAGCACAUGCCAUAUAUAGACAACUUCGUCUUCUUUCAAGUGUUUCCCCACUUCUUGUCUUCUUCUAUAGCUUGUUUUACCUUAUAGGUUUCUUCUUGAAAAUAAGUAUUUUCCAUCAUAUGCAUUAUAUUUUUCCAAUAUUUUUAAUGUUAGUUCUAGUGGUUGGUGGCUAGUCUACUCAUUGAUGACUGUUCGGACUGAGAUAAAGGCAACUUCAUCUUGCUUACUGCAAGCUCUUCGAGAGAGAGCACAACAGCAACAAAUACAAAGUAGGACAGGAUAAGCAAAUAAAUAUCCAAGAACUCCAAUGGCUGCCGAGUCAUGGAGGCUGCCGAAUUCGGUGCAGCAACUUGCUGUCAACGUUCAGGAGCCACCGAGCCAGUACUUGCUCAGAGAGCAAGAACCACUGGGUUGGAACCUGGCUGGUACCAAGAUGCCGGAGCCAAUUCCAACCAUUGAUCUCGGCCUGCUAUCAGCAUCCAGUGAUGCGGAAGAAGCUGCCAAGCUGCGAUCGGCGCUGCAGAACUGGGGAUUCUUCCAGGUUUCUAACCAUGGAAUAGAGACCUCUCUGAUGGACUCUGUGAUGUCUGCAUCAAGGGAUUUUUUUGGCCUGCCACUCGAAGAGAAGAGAAAGUACAGCAACCUAAUAGAUGGGGAACAUUUCCAGAUAGAAGGGUAUGGAAAUGACCAGGUGAAAACUCAAGAUCAAAGACUGGACUGGUCCGAUCGACUGCAUCUUAGAGUUGAGCCAGAGAAUGAGAGAAAUCUUGCCCAUUGGCCCAUACAUCCCAAAUCUUUCAGGGAUGAUCUACACGAGUACGCAAUGAAGAGCAAGAGAAUCAAAGGCGAAAUCCUCCGGGCAAUAGCCAAGCUUCUGGAGCUUGAUGAAGAUUACUUCGUUUACCAGCUCAGUGACAAGGCCCCCGCCUAUGCUAGAUUCAAUUACUACCCUCCGUGUCCAAGACCUGAUCUUGUAUUGGGUGUCAAACCUCACUCUGAUGUCUAUGCUCUUACGGUUCUUCUCGUGGACAAAGAUGUCGGUGGACUGCAAGUUCUUAGAGAUGGUACAUGGUACAAUGUCACAACCUUGCCUAACUACACCUUGCUGAUUAACAUUGGUUUUACAAUGGAGAUUAUGGCCAACGGGAUCUUCAGGGCCCCAGUGCACAGGGUUGUAACUAACGCUGAGAAAGAGAGGAUCUCAGUGGCCAUGUUCUACGGUGUUGAUCCUGAGAAAGAGGUCGGACCGAUACCUCAUGUGUUGACUGAGGAACAACCGGCGCGAUACAGGAAAAUGAAGGCCAAGGAUUUCCUGUUUACGCACUAUGAUGAUUUCUCUAGAGGAGCGAGAAUCGUUGAUUCAAAGAUCUAAGACUCUUAAGUAACUUUGCCCAUGCAAAAUGAAGAAUCGGUGAACUUCAAGGGGAUGAUAAAUCUCGUGAAAAUAAAUAAUUGAUCUGGUUUAUGCAUGUCUGAGGUUGGGUUAACUUGUUUAGUAUUUUCUGUAUGGACACCUUCAUAUUCGAUCUCUUAGCUCUGUCUCCUCCCUAUAGUUUUCUGGUGCUGGCUGGUGCCAUGUUGACUGUGAGCUAUGAUAAUUAAAUUCAUAAAUCCAUCUUGGCACGGUGCAA